UAUAGAUAUUACUUAUUUAAGAUAGAGAUAAAAUUUAAAUGAAAAAGAAAACAGAAAAACAAAAAAAAUAAACGAUGAAAAUAAAGCGGAAUGAAAGACAAAAGCAAAGAAAAAAGUUGAAAUAAAGCUAAGUAAGAUCGAACAACAAACGUUCGUGCGCCUCCCAUAUUGUCUAUCAUUUAUUUUUCAAAUUUGAAGAUCAUGUAUAUAUAUAUACAUAUAUAUACACAGCACACAAUAUAAGAGAAAGAGUUCAUCGAACUCUUCUUUAGACACACUUAGGACUAAACGAAAAUAAAAUACUAAAUGAGACAUGCGAAAAGUGUUCUUUAUUUAGGGAUGAAGGGGAGGGAAAAAAUAAAAUAAAAAAGAGGGAAUGAAAGUAAAAUCUCGAAGAAAGAAGAGGACGAAGAGAAAGAGAAAAUCAGAGACGAGAAAAGAUGGAUAGAAGAAGGUCUUGCCAUUUUUCUGGAUUUUUUUCUUUUUCUUUUCCUCUUAUACUCUUCGUCUUUCUUUUCUUUUCUUUCCUCGAGAUAAAUAAUAAUCAAUGAUUUCCCAUAGAUUGAAACACGUUGUAAAAAAAAUAUUUUAAAUAAAAAUAAAAAAAAAGUAAAAUAAAAUAAAAUUAAAUUAAAUAAAAGGAAGGAAAGAAAAUAGAGAAAAAAAAUAUAUAUACAUUACACGAUGACUUCAUUACUAAAAAAAAAUACCCACGAAGAUGCCACGAUAAUUCUCCUCCAUUUCUUAUUCCCUUUAUCCGUGUGUCUUUAUAAUAUUAUUAUCUCAAAUCUUUCGCAAACUUAAUCCUAAAUUUAAGGCUUACACAAUUAAUCGACAUAGUGUUCGUGUUGUUGUGUUUGUGUCCCUUUUGUUAAUGUUAAAACGUUAAUUUUUAAACAAUUAAUCAGUACUUAUUUGUAAUGGUAUUUUUCACGAGAAGCCGCUGCUUUCUUUUUCUGAAUUUGUUUCUUUGUUUGUUAGUUACUUUAAAGAUUCUGGAUUUUUUCUCUUUCAAUCGACAAUAAUAAAUACGACGAGAGAGAGAGAGAGAGAGAGAGAGAAAGAGAGAGAGAGAUCUCGUCAAAGUAUAGUUGUUCGCGAACAAUCAAAACAUCGAUGAGAUCUAAUUUCUUUUCUUUUCUUUUCUCGUUCGACAUCGGUUUCGAUUAAUAAAUCAACAUUUUUUUUUCAAUAGAUAAAAUUUCUCAUAGAUCGAAAUUUUUAACGGCCAGAUUCGAGGAUAUACUCUUUCUACAUCGAAGGAUCAACGAUAUGCUAUAUUCAUUGAUUUUUCUCUCUUGUUUUCCCUAAACACUUUAAUAACCCCUGCCAUAUGAUCUAUCAUAACUAUUUUUAAUAUAUAUAUAUACUUAUAUAUAUAUAUAUAUAUAUAUAUAUAUAUAUAUAUUGCGUAUAUGUAUAUCUCCUUAUAUGCUGCUGUUGUAUCGUUGAGGCAUUCGUGUAAUAUGCGUGAAUUAAUAUCUAAACUAAUUUACAAAUAUAAAAUACAAGAACAGAUCGUAAAAGACUUUUUUUUAUUAUAUAACGUAUGAAUUAAACGCAUAUUCUUCUCGCAAAGAUAUUAGAUCGUAAAAAAGAAAAAAUUAUAAAGAAAAAAAAAAAAAGAAAGAAAGAAUGUAAACUUAUAGAUCUUUUUAAUAUAAUAUAUACCUAAAAUAAAUUUUUUGCACGUAUGUAAAAAUGUCGAAGUUUCUUAUAUCUAUAUAAUUAAUAAUAAUAAUGAUAAACAUAAUAAUAAUGAUAAUAAUAACAACAACAACGAAUAUCUCGAUAUGUUGUCUCGUGAUAUUUCAUCGUCGUUCGAAGAGUAAAAAAGCUAGAAUAAAAUCGUAAUGUAAUAUAUAUAAUGAUCUGAUUGGUGUAACUAAUAAAAAUUUUUCAAAAAUAAAAUUUAGAAAAAAGAUAUGUUGUACGAUUCUCUUAAUUCUCCUUGAAAAGCUAUAAAAUACAACACCUCUUUCUCUCUCUUUCUUCCCCUCAUUCUAUUAUCUGUCUCUUGAAAACAAAAAAGCUAAUAUAAUUCGCGCUUCUAAUCGAUUGAAAUAUAGAUAAUAUUAGGGUGUUCCUAAAGUUUCUUUCUCAUCGCACUAUGAAUGGCCUUAUCUGACUCUGCUUAUGCAAACAUGCAGGCUUAUCUAUUAGUCGUCUAUGUCAUCGGUUUCAAUCAUUCCAGAGCUCUUUUACAGUACGUUUCGUUUGUGCCACAGUCUCUUUUAAAACUUUCAUCCACAGCAUUUUAAACAUGGGUAGAAAAAGGCGACAUUUACAGCAUAUUAUGCUUCAUCGUUUCAAAAAAGAUGAUGGUGUAAAGAAUACUCUCGACGAGAUUUGUACCGUGUACGGGGAUGGUGCUAUAACUAUUACAACUGUUCGCAAUUGGUUUAAAAAAUUUAGAGGGGGAAAUUUUUAUUUGGAAGAUGAAGACCAUAGCGGCCGUCCAAAAACGACAGAUAUGGAUCUUAUCAAGGCCAUGCUUGAUGAAAAUCCACGAUAUAGUGUGCGCAAGAUAGUAAAUGCCACUAGGAUUCCCAAAACAACAGUGCAUAAUCACCUAACCAAGAUGGGAUAUGUUAAUCGCUGCGAAGUUUGGGUUCCGCACUUACUGACGGAGACCAGCCUUAUGAAUCGCAUCUCUAUGUGCGACUUUGCUUCCCCAGCGACAUGAAAAAGGAUCCGUUUCUAAAAAGGCUUGUCACUGGAGACGAAACUUGGAUUUUAUAUGAAAAUGUGCAUAGAAAACGCACUUGGUGUAAGGACAAUAGGCCUUCAACUGUCGUAAAGCCGGGACUAACACCCCAAAAAAGUUCUUUUGUCCAUUUGAUGGGAUUAGAAAGGCGUAAUUUUCUACGAGCUCUUUCCUCAAGGUGAAACAAUAAAUUUUACGAAAUACUGUCAUCAACUGGAUCAAUUGAAAGGUGCCAUAACAAAAAAACGGCCAGAAUUAAUGAACCGACAAAGCGUUGUUUUUCAUCAUGACAACGUGAGACCACAUAUUGCAUUAGCGGUAAGAGAAAAGCUCUUACAAUUUGAUUGGUAUGUUUUACCGCAUCCUGCAUACUCUGCAGAUCUCACUCCAUCUGAUUAUUACUUCUUUUUGUUCUUAAAAAAUUCUCUUCACGAUAAGCACUUUAAAUCCAUCAGUGAAAUAAAAGGGCAGCGAAAUAAAAGCGCACCUCCAGGAUUAUUUCUUGUCCAAAACACAAGAAUUUUGAAAAGAAGGCAUAAUGAAACUUCCUGAGAGAUGGAAGAAGGUAAUAGAGCAAAAAGGUUCUUAUAUAACAAAAUAAAUAUCUUAAAUAGUAAACAUUGUGUAUUCAUUUCAUAUUAGAAAAAGGAAAGAAACUUAUGGGAAACCCUAAUAUAUUCCCUUAUUUCCGGUAAGCUCUCAAAUGAGUUCGCCCGCAAAAAGCUUCUAACCAAGACCUAAAAUUAUUGUUAAAUAGUGAACUUUCUGUAUUAUUUUUUUGUCGCAUCGGUUAAAGCGUCGAUAGAUAAUGACGAACGAUGGACUCGAAUAUCAUCUUAACUUUGAAGUGGUAAAAAGAAAAAAAAAACGGAAAAGAAAAGUAAAA